UUCGCGUAUUCAAGCAACUGUCUACUGUCCCUCUACGGCCUCGGUACGGGGAGUAUUCCUGGAGCCGGUGGCUCCGGUUUGUGUUAGUGAGAAUUGUGUUUGAGACAAACCAGUGCUUAUUAUAGGGCUUUCUUUAAAUGGCUGCACUGGUGAAGGAGGAGCCUAUAGUAAAAACCAUGUCUAAGGGAGAGAUCAGAAAGGCUUCAGCUCUCCAGGAGGAUGUAGUAGCUCCAGAAGAAAAUGGGCAUGUCAACAAAAAGCUUAAAACGGACAUAGAAGAGGAGAACAAGAAGUAUCCGAAAAAGAAAGUGGUCCUUCUAAUGGCGUAUUCUGGGAAAGGUUACCAUGGAAUGCAGAGAAAUGUGGGUUCCUCCCAAUUUAAGACUAUUGAAGAUGAGUUGGUCCAGGCUCUGGUCCAGUCUGGAUGUAUCCCUGAAAACCAUGGUGAGGAGAUGAAGAAAAUGUCCUUCCAGAGGUGCGCCCGCACGGACAAGGGUGUAUCCGCUUCAGGUCAAGUUGUGUCGCUGAAAGUUUGGUUGAUAGACAACUUAAUGCAAAAGAUUAAUGAACAUCUGCCACCUUGCAUCAAGAUAUUGGGUAUGAAGAGGGUGACGGGGAGAUUUAAUUCCAAAAACUCUUGUGAUGCUCGCACAUACUCCUAUACAAUGCCCACGUUUGCUUUUGCUCACAAGGACCGGGAGACACAGGAUGAGAGUUAUCGACUUAGCAACGAAACACUCAACAGAGUAAAUGAACUUUUGACCCUAUACAGGGGCACCCACAAUUUCCAUAAUUUCACCUCACAGAAAGGGCCAAAGGACCCCAGUGCAAAGCGUUAUAUCAUGGAAAUGUAUUGCGAGGCUCCAUUUCUACAGGGAGGUCUGGAGCUGGCUGUGAUUAAGGUGAAAGGACAGAGCUUCAUGAUGCACCAGAUCCGCAAAAUGAUUGGAUUGGUUAUUGCAGUGGUCAAGGGCUAUGCUUCCCCAACCAUCAUGGAACGAAGCUGGGGGGAGGAGAAAGUGGAUAUUCCCAAAGCCCCUGGCUUGGGGUUGGUGCUGGAGAGGGUGCACUUUGAAAAAUAUAACAGACGAUUUGGGAAUGAUGGACUACAUGAAUCUCUUGAUUGGACAGAAGAAGAACCAAUUAUUGAGGACUUUAAGAAAGAACAUAUAUAUCCUACCAUUAUUCAGACAGAAAUAGAGGAGAAAUCCAUGGCCAGCUGGAUGGUCACAUUACCCAUCCAUGACUACUAUGCUACUUCUACAGAACACAACAUAGACAGUAACAAGGCGGAAGGAGCAGCAGUUAGUGAUGAAGGUGGAGACUCGGACUGAGCCUGAAGAAUGUACAUCAGCACAAUCCUACCUGGACCACAAUUUCUCAAGAUGUCAUUGCUGCUGUUAUAUUGGUUAUUUAAAUCCCCUAUUGUGUGAUUUGCAGAGUAAUAAUACGAUCUGUGGCGUUAUGGCUGCACAUUAUUUCUUUUAAACUCCAGGAAGACGAACCAUUUAUAUUUAUCUUUGUUCACCUGAAACAUAUAGUUGCAGGAAAAGGGUGUUCUGGGCUAUGUCUUCCUAUAGCUAUGGUAUCGUAAAACACCGGAAUUCUGAUAUCGCAAUAAAAUUGGGCAGUUUCAUUCUUCA